CUUAUCCAGCAAGUGGGUAUCAUGGCACUCUUUUGACAUCUAAUAGCUGCAGUGUUGUGUUUGAUGUCUUUGUCAUCGCAAUAUUGAAGAAGAAGCGCGCCAGUUGGGGACAGACGGAAUUAUUAUACCUAACGUAGUUAGCUAGUUACCUAGUUAGCUAAAGUUUGCUUCUGCUUGCUGGUGUCCAGAAUUGUGUACAAUGAGGACCGUCUUGAUGGUCGCAGAGAAGCCGUCAUUGGCACAAUCCAUCGCCAAAAUUUUAUCCAAAGGAAGCUGUACCAGCCGCAAGGGCCUAAAUGGAGCGUGCUCAGUGCACGAAUACAUGGGCAGCUUCAUGGGACAGUCUGUCCGCUUCAAGAUGACAUCGGUGUGCGGCCACGUGAUGAGCCUGGAUUUCAUAGGGAAGUAUAACAACUGGGACAAGGUGGACCCUGCCGAACUGUUCAGCAAGGCACCCACGGAGAAGAAGGAGGCCAACCCAAAGCUCAACAUGGUCAAGUUCUUGCAGGUUGAAGCUAAAGGUUGUGACAUGGUGGUUCUCUGGCUGGACUGUGACAAAGAAGGGGAGAACAUUUGUUUUGAGGUUCUGGAUGCCAUCCUGCCAUUCAUGAACAAAUCCUACGGGAGCGAGAAGAACAUCUUCCGCGCCAAGUUCAGCUCCAUCACAGACACGGACAUCUGCAAUGCCAUGAACCGGCUCGGGGAGCCAAACCGGAACGAGGCCCUGUCAGUGGACGCCCGACAGGAAUUGGAUCUGCGUAUCGGCUGCGCCUUCACUCGAUUCCAGACUAAGUAUUUCCAAGGGAAAUAUGGGAACCUGGACUCCUCCCUGAUCUCAUUUGGACCCUGCCAGACUCCGACCCUGGGCUUCUGUGUGGAGCGCCAUGACAAGAUCCAGUCUUUCAAGCCAGAGACAUACUGGGUUAUCCAGGCCAAGGUGUUCAAAGGAAAAGAGAGUCCCCUCACAUUGGACUGGGAACGUGUCAGAGUAUUUGACAGGGAGGUUGGCCAGAUGUUCGUCAACAUUGCUAAAACGUCAAGAGAAGCCAGGGUGGAAUCUGUGAGCAAGAAAGAGAAGGCCAAACAGAGACCUCUGGCUCUCAACACAGUGGAAAUGUUGAGAGUAGCCAGCUCAGCUCUUGGUAUGGGGCCCCAGCAUACCAUGCAGAUAGCCGAGCGCCUCUACACUCAGGGGUACAUCAGUUACCCCCGCACAGAGACCACGCAUUACCCCGAAAACUUCGACCUCAAAGGCACCCUGCGCCAACAGGCCAACAACCCCUUCUGGGCUGACUCGGUAAAGGCGUUGCUCGCAGAGGGACUGAACCGUCCUCGGAAAGGGGUGGAUGCUGGGGACCACCCGCCCAUCACCCCUAUGAGGGCGGCGUCUGAGAGCGAGCUGGGAAGUGACGGUUGGCGUCUGUAUGAGUACAUAACACGGCACUUUAUUGCAACGGUCAGCCACGACUGCAAGUAUCUCCAGACCACCAUUGCCUUCAGCAUCGGCACAGAGGCCUUCUCUUGCACCGGCAAAACUCUGAUAUCAGCUGGCUUCACAGAGGUCAUGCCCUGGCAGGGCAUCCCGGAUGAGGAGAGCCUGCCGGCCUGCGAGAGGGGGGACGCCUUCACGGUGGACGAGGUCAAGCUGCUGGAGAAGCAGACCAAUCCCCCCGACUAUCUGACAGAGGCGGAGCUCAUAACGCUAAUGGAGAAGCAUGGCAUUGGGACCGAUGCCAGCAUCCCUGUCCACAUCAACAACAUCUGCCAGAGGAACUACGUCACGGUGGAGAGCGGCCGCAGACUCAAGCCCACCAACCUAGGCAUCGUGCUGGUGCACGGCUACUACAAGAUAGAUGCGGAGCUGGUCUUGCCGACCAUCCGCAGUGCAGUGGAGAAGCAGCUGAACCUCAUUGCUCUGGGCAAGGCCAACUACCAGCAGGUGCUACAGCACACCCUGGACAUCUUCAAGAGGAAGUUCCAUUACUUUGUGGACUCAAUCGCAGGCAUGGAUGAGCUAAUGGAGGUCUCCUUCUCACCCAUCGCGGACACAGGGAAGCCUCUGUCCCGCUGUGGAAAGUGUCACCGCUUUAUGAAGUAUAUCCAGGCCAAGCCCAGCCGGCUGCACUGCUCGCACUGUGACGAGACGUACAGCCUGCCACAGAACGGGGCCAUCAAGCUGUACAAGGAGCUGCGCUGCCCUCUGGACGAGUUUGAGCUGGUGCUGUGGACCUCCGGCUCCAGGGGCAAGAGCUAUCCCCUCUGCCCGUACUGUUUCAGCAACCCGCCAUUCAGGGACAUGAAGAAAGGUAUGGGCUGCAACGAGUGCACACACCCUUCCUGCCAGCAUUCCCUCAACUCCUUGGGCAUUGGCCAGUGCGUGGAGUGCGAGAGCGGGGUGCUGGUGUUCGACCCCACGUCGGGGCCCAAGUGGAAGAUGGCCUGCAACAAGUGCAACGUGGUGGUGCACUUCUUCGAGCACGCCCACAAGGUGCAGGUGUCGGCCGAGAGCUGCGACUCGUGCGAGGCCUCCCUGGUGGUGGUGGACUUCAACAAGGCGCGCUCGCCGCUGCCCGGCGAUGAGACCCAGCACAGCGGCUGCGUCUUCUGCGACCCUGUCUUCCAGGACCUGGUGGAGCUCAAGCACGCCACCAUGAGGCACCCCAUGCACCGCGGAGGGCAGGCCCGGCGGCAAGGGGGGAGGGGACGGGGGCGGGGCCGCCGCAUCGGGGGCAGGGGCAACCCCAAGAGGCCCAAAGACAAGAUGGCUGCCCUGGCGGCGUACUUUGUAUAG